UACAGAGCCGAGUAUCUGGCCAGUAGUGUGUAGCAACACCGCGCGCGAGGGGCUUCAAGGGCAAGUUCAGCCAUACUUAUACACAGUGCAAAAAAAAAAAAAAAAAAAAAGGGGAAAAAAACUGAAAGAUUGUUGCCUUUAUAAACGACUGCCGGAAAUAAACGGGUGCAGCCUGGAGCUUUUGUUGUAUGUGUGAAUCACGAUAUUUCUUUCUUGCUGUGAGAAAAAACAGCAUUCUCACUUUACAUGGACUCACAUCCAUCUAGCCUGAGGAAGAGGAAUUUAAUCUUCACCCAAGGGGAAGCUGUUUGUAAAUUUUAUAUCAAGGGGAAAUUAUAGGGAAUGGUGGAUCAUUUAUUUUCAACUGAAGAGAACUUCCUUUCUUAUAGUGACAUAGACUCUGCCCCCCCUGUGGUGUACCACCUAUCGGAUAUGGUUUUAAACUUGGGGAGCUAUAAGGUGAUGUCCUCACCGUUCUCAGAAGAUGACCUCAGUGAUGCAUCAAGUCUGCGUUCCUGCUCCUCCCCAGAUUCCCAAGUCCUCAGCUCAAGCUAUGGAAGUACAUCAAGCAAUGAGAGCCAGGAUGGCAUCCUCAACUUCCUGUUGUCCCAUACUUCCCUUGGUGGUGGAGGUAGCAAUAAUGCAGAGGUUAACACUGUAACCUCAACUCCUCUAGGAUCCAUCCUUUGGAACUCGCAAAGGGACAGCAUGAAAGAAGAGAAGUUUGACUUACCAAUAUGGUCCUCAUCAAACAUAGAGGAGGCACCUGCUGAACCUUUUCAGCCCACCCUGGAGGAAAUUGAAGAGUUCUUAGAAGAAAACAUGAAUGGUUUGGUUUCCCUUAAGCAUGAAGUGAACUCACACCUUGGACUGGAACUAGAGCUGGAUUUAGGAUUGGGGACAGGAGUGGUGGUCACGGAAGAGACCUCAUCUAGGGUGCCAGAGACAAGCACCAUUGGAUCUCAACAACAUUCAAAUCAAACUUUGCCAAUAGCUAAGCUUCCACCAAAUUUCAAAGUUAAUCAAGAGACCAAAAGCACAGAGAGUAUUCCAAGUAAGCAAAACCAGAGCAUGGAGGAAGAUGAUGCAAUAAAAAAGGAGACCCAGAGCUCACAUGUCUCCACUGAGAACAGCACUACAGCAAGUGACAGCAAUAGUAACAAUGGGAUGCCUGUUAUUCUUCAAAUCCAACCAAUUCAGAUCAAACAGGAGAAUCAGAGCCCAACUGGGGCUGCAACUUCUCCCUCAACAACUCAGCCCCCUACCCCAAGCACAGACAUAAAAAUUGCCCAACUGCUGGUGAACAUCCAGGGACAGACCUUUGCACUUGUCCCUCAGUUUGUACCCUCUGCCCCCAAUUCAUCUUCAUCAUCUACCAGGCUCAAUGCCACAUCUAAAUUUGUGCGUAUAGCACCAGUGCCCAUUGCAGCAAAACCUGUCGGUAGUGGAGGGGAUGGUCUUGGAUUGAGUGGAUUUCAAGGUGGUCUCCUAGUCGGAGGAGCACAGAAGUUUCAAAAGAGUCCAGUGGCAGAUCUCAUCAAAAUGCACAAGUGCAACUUUCCAGGCUGUGCCAAGAUGUACACCAAGAGUAGCCAUCUCAAAGCUCACCUGAGGAGGCAUACUGGAGAGAAGCCAUUUGCCUGUAAUUGGCCUGGCUGUGUAUGGAAGUUUUCCCGAUCGGAUGAGCUGUCCCGUCACCGGCGGUCCCACUCUGGAGUGAAGCCAUACCAGUGCUCUGUGUGUGAGAAGAAGUUUGCCCGUAGCGAUCACCUGUCAAAGCACAUCAAAGUCCACCGCUUCCCCAGAAACAGUCGGACGGUCCGCACUGCUGCCUGAUUUCACCCCUGUUGCUCUCACUGAGCUACAAAAUCACAACCCAUUUGAUGUGUGUCAACUGGUGAGAGGAAAUUGAUGGACAUUUAAGAAGUACCAUGUCUGAGCUUUUGCCCUUAUAUUUAUAGUGUUUUAAGUUAAAUCUCAGUGGCACAAUGUAUUGUCAUCUUUGGUGCUACUGUACAUUCUGUAUGGAUUACUACGAAGAGCAGAACGGCAUUAAUACAGACUGUGCUAACUGAGAUCAGGUGAAUUUGAAUAAGCUACGGGAAUGUGAGUGCAGAAUGACAAAAGAAAUGAAAAAAAAAAAAACAAGCACAGUUUCCAUUGUACAUGUUUAAUAUGUACACCUUCAAUCAGUGUUGAAAAUCUCAUUUUUUGCUUUUAAGGCAAGCUGUUUUGUAAAAAAAAAAAAGAAAAAAAAGGAAAAAAAAGAAAACGGUGUUUGUAUUUUUUUAAUAAUGUUGCAUCUUAAUGACUCUGCUGUGUUUUUUUUGCCUUAGUCAACCACACAGCUCUUAUCUCAGGUCUGAUUUGGGUGCUUGGGACACUGUAAAUCCAGUCUCAGCAUUUCAUAACAAUGAGGCUUAAGGUGACACAAUCGAACUUUGAGAGAUAACUGAAAAGUGUUAAUCAUUUAUACUGUUUUGUUAGCACUCGUAACAAUAACACUAAAUGAGAGUCAUUCGAAAUUUGUAAGUACAUGGAGCAUUUGAAACAAGUGUCUUCUCUUUCUGUUUCAUUAUUUUAUUUACUGUCACACAAAAUAUUCCUCCAAACUCCAGCAUGCUACCGGAAUACAUACAGAUCAUUGCAUUACUAAUGCUGGUGCUACAUACUUCUACUCCAACCAACUACCCCCCCCCUGGAACACACAUACACAUA